UUGUCUUGAGAGAGAGAAGGGAACAUUCAGUAUAGCCUUAUGGAAGCAGAAAUAGCAGAGAUUGGAUCAAACCCUUCUGUAAAAGAACUAGCAAAGGAGGCACUGAGCAAAGUUCCAGAGAGAUAUGUUCUUCCAAAUAUUGACCCUCCAAUUUUAUUUAACACACACUCUCUGUCUGAUCAGAUCCCUGUCAUUGACCUAGCUAAGUUGUUCUUGCCUCAAGAACUCAAGCCUCCUGAACUGGAGAACCUACACCUUGCAUGCAAACAAUGGGGUUUCUUUCAGGUUAUUAAUCAUGGAAUUGACAUGGAAGUGGUGGAAGAUGUAAAGAGAGGAGCUGAAGAACUGUUCAAUCUUUCAAUGGAAGAUAAGAAAAAGCUUUGGCAAAGAGAGGGAGAUAUGGAGGGAUUUGGGCAAAUGAUUUCCAAGCCUAAAGAUGAACCGUCGGAUGUGGGUGGAUGCUUCUCAUUGGAGAAUUUAGAGGUGUAUUGCAAGGAGAUGAGAGAGCUUGCCAUGAAGUUGUAUGGUGUUAUUGGAGAAGCACUUGAUAUAGGAGGAAAGGAAAUGAAAGAGUCAAUAGGGGAAGCAGGACAAGCAAUAAGGAUAAAUUACUAUCCUCCAUGUCCCCAACCAGAAAAUGUUCUUGGCCUAAAAUCUCACACUGAUGCUUCUGCACUCACCAUCCUUCUCCAGGGCAAUGAAGUUGAAGGCCUCCAACUCAAAAAAGAUGGAACAUGGCUUCCUGUUCAUCCCCUCCCAAAUGCUUUCAUGGUUUUUAUUGGAGAUGUUUUGGAGGUGGUGACAAACGGGAUAUAUAAGAGCAUCGAGCAUCGAGCAGUGGUUAACUCUGAGAAAGAGAGAGUCUCCAUAGCUACAUUCUAUGGUCCAGGGUGGAGUGAUAGCAUAGGUCCAGCACCAACUCUUGUCACUCCACAAACACCACCUUUGUUCAAAACAAUUGGGGUUGCAGAUUUCUACAAGGGAUACCUUUCACCCCAGCAUUUUGGCAAACCUAAAUCAUAUAUAAAUAAUGUUCUCAAGAUCCAAAAUCACCUAACUCCUACUUAGAUUCAAUUUCCUUCUUUCAUUCAGGGAAACAUACUUAAAUACAAGAUAUGGAUUGAAGUAGAUACAAGUAGUUGUUAUGUGAUAGGAAGUUAGAAUCUUAUAUGCCAAGAAUAUUGGAACUAAGAAGAGUUAUUAAAUGUUUCUUGUGAGACCUACCAUCCUUAAUUUAUGC